AUUGAGCGCGAACACACGGAGAAAGACCCGUUAAACCAAGAAACCGGAGAACCGAGCUGAAGCUGGAUUAUAUUAGAGACAUGGAGACCAUGAGACCUGCUGCCGUCUGUGUCCUCCUCCUGCUGUCCACUGUCUUAGGCUCCUUCCCUCAAGCUCAGCACGUCACCUGGAAAUCCACCAACUUCAAAACCGUUCUGUCCUGGGAACCCAAACCGUCAGCUGACUACUCCUACACCGUGGAGUUCUCUGUGGUUGGACGGGACAGACAGAGGAACCAUCACUGUGUCCGCUCCUCAGCCACGGUGUGUGAUCUGUCCAGCUCUCUGACCGACCUCAACGCCAACUACACAGCUGACGUCCUGUCUGAGCCGCCACUGGGGGUGACCUCCGACCUCAUCGAGUUCCCCUACAGCACCUCUCCCCGAUUCUGCCCCUACAAAGACACUGAUAUAGGCAGACCUGACUUCAAGCUGGAGGUGAGCGAGGACAAAAAGAAAACCACGCUGUAUGUGACCGACCCGCUCACCGCCCUCUUCAAAGAUGGCCGCCAGCUGAGCAUACGGGACGUGUUCUCAGAGCAGCUGCACUACAGAGUCACCUACCGCAGGAACAAGAGCACUGGCAAGAAAUCUGCCGACUUCAAGACCAACAUCAUCGAGAUGAGCGGUCUGGACCGGGGGGAGAGCUACUGCUUCAACGUCCAGGCCUUCAUCCCCAGCCGCAGCUUCAACAAGCAGCUGGGCGAGCUGAGCCACACCCAGUGCUCCAAGGACGACCACCAGUCCAUCUCAGAUGUGUACUCAGUGGGUGUGAUCGCUGUUGCCAUCUUCCUCAUCCUGCUGCUGAUCGCCAUCAUCAUUGCUGUCACUGUUGUCUGCUGCAAAUGGCGCAAGAAUGCUCAGACCACAGGGAAGGAGGGGUUGCCCCUGCGGGAUGUAUAGAGACAGACACACACACUGACACACACACACACACACUGAUCACUGUGGUACAGCUGACUGCUUUGAGGUCAAACACUGGAAUCUCUUCCUCUAGUUUCUAUGAAACUGAACUGAAUGUGUGAAAACUGCAGAAGAAGAGACUGUAGAGACACUGAACACACACACACACACACACACACACAAACACUGCUGAAGCUGUAACAAACACUACCAGCUGGUUUUAUUUAUUUAUAGUUGUAGUGAACACUAACUUUCAGUGACUGUCACUAGGAUCUUUGGGAGUCUGGUUAAGCAUUAUGGGAAAACUUUUUGGGAAAUUGUAAAUAUUAUUUUUGUAUCUUAUGUGUAAUUUAUUGUGCUUAAUUGAAAUUAACAUAUUUGUAUAUGAGGAGGUUCUUAGCAAAUUAUUAUUA